AUGCCAACAUCGCUCGUAUUCAUCGCCAAACCGCUCUCAGCAUCCAUCUCACUGUUGGAGAACCUCCUUCCAUGUCUAACAUCGCACCUGAACAAGCACCAGAUGUCGUCAGUCAGUGAAUUCAUGCUGAGUGCAACGAGCGGACGGUUAUCGGACAAGGAAACUUGUAAUCCUACUCGUUACAAUAGGCUACAAGAUACCUGCCGCCGUUUGGUGAAAGUCGAUGGCGAGAUAUAUUCUCUAUUCUAUUGGCUAAUGGACUCCACAACCGCCGUGAAUGUCUCUGCCGAAGAAAACCGAAUGACUCAAACCCCGCACGACAAGGACACAGAUGUGUUCGGACGGCAGUCCUCUCCCCCUUCCAGAUAUGAUCAUUCUUCAUCGGGAUUUCCUCCCAGCAAUGCAGCCUUUCCCCUGGCUGGCGACAACUUCAUUUUCCCGCAGUUUGGUGGAGGCCGUCGUUACGAGGACCCGGAGGUUGAGUUAACUCUGUCAAGAUUAAGGAGCACUCUGAAAGCCACAGCACGGGACACUGGAGUCAUCAAAGGUGCCUCCGCUCGACAUAAGGGGGCCCAACAGCCGUCCACAGAAAGUCAAGGCUCGAUCACGACCUUGAAUGCUGCCCAGGAUGACAGCGCCAUUAUGACCCACAGCAGUCAUCAUCCCUCGCCGUUUACUGGCGAAGGGGCAUCAUUCACUCCCAUGCUGAACACUGGCAACAGCCGUCACCCCUCACCAUUUACAGGUGACCUUUCUUCCCGAACACCAGCUCCCGCACCUAUCCAGGAUAUGUUCUAUGGUCCGACGAGGGAUCAGCCUGCUUGGGCAGGUCAACAGGGUUCUGACAUGUUUGGCCUGCUGGGCGCUGACUCCUUCACGGACUUAAUCGGCGACCAAGAUCUAAAUUCAUCAGCCUUUGAUCAGGGCUUCUCCGGCCACAUCGCGCCAUUUGAUCUUCAGUGCCCAUCUCACUUGCCUCAAGCCUCACUCGCUCCUCCUCCCUCCACAAACAUCAACCCACCUACACCUGACACACAUAUCCCAACUCCGGGGUUGCCUCAACACUCACUCGCUCCUCCACCCUCCACAAACAUCAUCCCACCUAUGCCUCACGCACGUAUCCCAACCCCAGGGCCAAGUCAGCACCUAGACUUGAGCCAUUACUCUCCCACCACAAUCUCCAGUGAGCGGUUUCCAGAAGAAUGUCUUACUUCACACUCUGAGGAGCCACCUGUUGUGGGCCGCAGGUCUGCCGAGACUAAUGCCGCACUUGAUGCAAGCUUUGCGGCAGUUGAUCAGAUGCUCCUCGAGUUAUCCAGGACUACUGGAAUGCCGAUGCAUCAAGUCAUCAACCUUUUCAUGAAGAGCCGUGGUCGCACUGCAAGUAGCAUUAAUUAUUGGAACCUCUAUUCCAAUUACUUCAAGGACAACACCAAGCAGGAGCUCGGCCGGCUCGGUCAGAAUCUUGCGGUUGGAGAGCGCACACCAAGUGUAACUAGGCAAAAAGAAUGCUAUGCAAAAUUCAAAGAGCAAUUUCCCGACACGUAUCAAGAUAUUCUCGACACCCACGAGGAGCUCGCUUCACUUGGGGCACUGCCUCAAACAAUUGGACAGCGUGGACAGGCAUUUCAGAGGUUUCAUAGAAGGGUCAUGAAUAUAUUCUUUCUAACGCGAUGCUGUGCGGACAAUGAUACGAUUAUUGGUCAUCUCAAGGCUCAAGUCUAUAACACAGUGUCUUUAUCUACUGUAGAGGAUGCUUUCGCGGAACCAGGAGAUGACGACAUUGUGUCGCUCAAGGACGCAGGUUCCAAGGACCCUGACUCUAAGGAUAUGGAAGAUGAUCAGGCUUCUCAGGCUUCAGACCUGCCGGAAGGACGAGAGGAAAUGGGACGAGAAGACAACAUCAAAUGGAUUAAGAGAGAGAUUACGAAACAAGUUGCCAAGUUCGGAGGCAAAUUCGGUACCGACAGGGUGUUCCCUUGGAAGCUCAUGCCAAGUGCGCUUGCAGACGACAACAUUUGUAUCAAGGGUUAUCCUGCGCACAAGUGUCUCCUGCCAGGUGAGGCGCGCGACACUACCUCAAAUUCAAAAAGCAAGGGUGUCGCCGGCCUCACGCAGAAGGAGGUAUUGAUUCUCAUGGACUCUUUGAAGUCAAAAACGAUGUAUGUUGAAAAAGUUGAUGCUUCAAAACAUGCGGCGGUGAUGUCAUCUCAGCAACCUGUUAUUAUCGGCGAAGCUCCCCCAUCAGACUACUCUCAUACAGGCGCUCGACGGCUAUUCAUUGAUGGCCACAUAGACUACAAUGGUCCUUCUCGCAUUCAGGUCAGUGCUGCAACUACCAAGGUCAAGAAAUCUACCACUUCGGCCGCAAAAUCUACUACUUCUGUUGAAGUACUAGUACCUCCACCAUCCCGGCCUUUUAAGGUUGUUGCAAGGCCUGGACCUCCCCCAUCUCGGCCUUUCAAGGUCGUCCCCAAGCCACCCGCUCAUGAGGUCAUCGAACUUUCAACUUCACCCGAUUCUCGAGACGCCAAUGACCAACAUAAUUCAGCAACCGACUCGGAGUAUGAAGAAGCCUCUCAGGGCAAGAGGAAGAAACGGAAAUCUAGUGGUGAGCCGCCUGUGCCAAAGAAGCGCGCAUCGCCUGUAGACAUUCUCCCCAAAACAGCAAUGCCAGCUGGACCUUCGGAAGAGAAAUCAGGACCCUCGUCUCAGCAUGCUAAUGCUUCUCCUACGAAAGGGGGCCCAUUAUCCCCACUGACGGUCGAGUCGUCUUCAACCGAAGAGCGGGAUCUUGUCUUACCCGCUCCUACAAACAGAGCUAAGCGUCUUCGUGACGGCCCUUCAAGCAAGCCUGGAGAAACAAAAGGCCGAACUCGAGCACGACCACUUGUGAAAGGUUCGAGAGCAAAACCAAAGCCAAUGUCUCGUCAUGGUUGGGUCCUUCGUGCAAUUUAUUCUGAGGACUCUGACUCCGGUAGCGAGAAGAUGAUGACCACAUCCCACCAAAUCAACCCGGACAGCAUAGAUCCAUCAGCAACGAGUCAGGCGAUUGCAUCCAGGGAUAACUUUACGGAUCCAUCAGCAACGAGUCAGGCGAUCGCAUCCAGGGAUAACCUUACCGCAGACGAGGGCCCUGCAUCACAGCUACAGUCCAAUACGGAGAGGGAUGGGGCGCAUGCACCAUCUCCUAAACGUGAUGUGCCUGACAUACCCACAGAGUUCACUCCUGCCCCUCAGAGAGGAGGAGGAGGAGGAGGAGGAGGAGGAGGAGAUGGAGAUGGUGGAGGAAAUGGAGGAGACAGAGAUGAGGGAGGAGACAGAGGAGAUGUAGGAAACGGAGGAGAUGUAGGAAAUGGAGGAGAUGUAGGAAACGGAGGAGAUGUAGGAAGCGGAGGAGACAGAGGAGGCAUAGGCGGAGGCAGCGGAAGAGGAGGAGGAUUUCAAUCAAUGAACGAAGGUUCAUUCGGUGACAACAUUCCUCCUCAUGGAGGCCUACCUGAUUCUGACAGGGUCCCUGCAAUUGUUGACCGUCAAUCUGCAGAACCUAUGCACUCUCAAGAGCCUUUCCGUCAUGAACUUCGCGAACCUCACAGGCCCAUUCAUCAAGAUCCACGUGGUUAUUACCCUCGUGAUUAUUACUCUCGUGAUUACUACAGGGAGACUCGCUUCCAUAAUUCGCGUGGUACUCUCCCUCCUGAUCCUCGCGGCUCUCUCCCUCCUGAUUCUCGCGGUUCUCUCCCUCCUGAUCCUCGUGGCCCUCUCCCUCCUGAUUCUCGCGGCUCUCUCCCUCCUGAUCCUCAUGGCCCUCUCCCUCCUGAUCCUCGUGGCCUUCUCCCUCCUGGUCAUCGUGGUCCUCUCCCACUCAAGCCUCAAGAGCGCUUGAACCGAGAGCAUCACGAUCCUCGUUAUCCUGGUCAUACAGCUUAUGAAUCUUCGUAUUCGGAUUAUGGUCACCUGCAUCCGCGCGAUACAUACUAUUCUCGCAGGCGCAAUGCCAAUGACAGCGCUCCUGAACACCAUGAUGCUCGCAGUCGCGCGCACGACUUGUCUCCAGUGACAGAAUCGAGCAUGGAUUAUGCUAUGGAACGGGAGCGCAGCCGCUCAUUAACAUACUCUGACCGCGACAGAUAUACUCCUGCUUACAUGCAUGAACAUGGAUACCCCUCGCGUGCUGAUCAUGACGAUCGUGGCUAUGGAUUUCCUCCCCAGAGCGGAGGUUACUAUAACAACCCUCAAGCCUUUAGGAGAGGAUAUGACAGAGACUCCAGAUGGGCCGAUCAGGGAGCGCGCAGCCCAUACCACCAUAACCAUGAUGCCAAUUCAAAUACCCAGCUAGGAGAGCAAUCCGGCAACACACCCCCUUCUGCUUGAUCAUGUAUAUUUCCUUUAUUCUCCUAGCUCCAUCUGAUGUUUCUUUUUAUCUCCUCAAAGGAGAAGCCAUGUUAUUGUCACCUCCCUCGUUGCCUGUCUCUGUUCUGUCUCAUCAGCCCUUACAUUGUUCAUAGUAUUGUCUGCAUCACCUUCGUCUUCUUCCUUUUCAGUACCUCGUCUUUUUAAUGCUAUACUUCUGUAUGUUUUUUGACCAUCUCGUUACUCUACCUUCAGUGGCGGUUUUCUUGAAUAA